UAUGGCCAUUUGUGUACGAACAUUUGUCCGAUCCUCGUACCCAGCAGUGGCUGUUAGUGUCAUCCAUUAAACCCAUCUUGGCAUGGGUAUCUUUGUAUCUUGUCAUGGCAUUUUAUUUGCCAAACUUUGUUAAACGUUACAAACCUCUAAAACUACAAUUUGUACUUAUUGUCUAUAAUUUAACGAUGGCCUUUAUAAAUUUUCACAUUUUCAAAGAACUUGUCAUAAAUGCCUGGCAUUUAAACUAUAAUUACUGGUGUCAACCUUGUCGGGUUAUUUACACAAAACAUGAAAUCAAAUUGGCCUCUGCUGUUUGGUGGUUCUUUAUCUCAAAACUUUUAGAAUUUUCCGAUACUUUAUUUUUCAUUUUACGUCACAAAUGGGAUCAAUUGACACCUUUACACAUAUAUCAUCAUAGUACCAUGUUUCCUUUGUGGUGGAUUGCUAUCAAAUGGGUGCCUACGGGUUCUUCAUUUUUUCCCGCUUUAAUAAACUCCCUUAUUCAUGUUGUUAUGUACACUUAUUAUGGUUUAAGUGCUUGUGGUCCAGUAAUACAAAAAUAUUUAUGGUGGAAAAAAUAUUUAACCGCCAUACAGUUGCUACAAUUUACCACCGGCUUGCUGUGGGCUAUACAGGCUAUUGCCAGUCAAUGUGAUUUUCCAUUAUGGAUCAACUGUGCCACCAUUAUCUAUAUGAUUACAUUUUUAAUACUUUUCGGACGUUUUUAUCGACGUAAAUAUUCCGGUUUGGCGGUGACAAAAGAAAAAUGCAUAAAAUCAAUGUAAAAUGUAAUUAAGUUAUAGAAAAUUUAGAUUUUUUAAGUAAUAAAUAAACAAAAAAU